AAGAUGAUGUGCGAAGUGAUGCCCACGAUCAGCGAGGACCAGCGUGGCUCCCAGAGCAGCGCCUCGGACCCUGACUCGCAUUUUGAGCAGUUGAUGGUGAACAUGCUUGACGAGAGAGACCGUCUGUUGGACACCCUGAGAGAGACACAAGAAAGCCUUUCCCUCGCCCAGCAGCACCUGGAGGACGUCAUCUAUGACCGGGACUCACUGCAGCGUCAGCUCAGCUCCGCACUGCCACAGGAGUUUGCCGCCCUGACGAAAGAGUUGAACGCCUGCAGAGAACAGCUGCUGGAGAAGGAGGAGGAGAUUUCAGAGCUGAAGGCCGAGAGGAACAACACCAGACUGCUGUUGGAGCAUUUGGAGUGUUUGGUUUCGAGGCAUGAACGUUCCCUACGCAUGACAGUGGUAAAACGACAGGCCCAGUCUCCUUCUGGGGUCUCCAGUGAGGUGGAGGUCCUCAAAGCUCUUAAGUCCCUCUUUGAGCACCACAAAGCACUGGAUGAGAAGGUACGAGAGAGAUUGCGGGUGUCACUAGAGAGGGUCUCUGCCUUGGAGGAGGAGUUGGCCGCAGCCAAUCAGGAGAUUGUGGCCUUAAGAGAGCAGAAUGCCCAUAUUCAGAGGAAGGUGGCGUCAGGAGAAGGGGCCGAGGACUUGUUGGAGGGAACUGAUGCCCAGAAAGUUCAUGGCAAGCGGUUGUCUAACGGGUCGAUGGAGUCGGGGGACGAGGCCAGUCAGGUGGUGGAGCUGCAGGAGCUGCUGGAGAAGCAGAACUACGAGCUGGCGCAGAUGAAGGAGCGCAUGUCCUCGCUGUCCUCCCGCGUGUCCGAGGUGGAGCAGGAGCUGGAGACAGCUCGCAAAGACCUCAUCAAGAGCGAAGACAUGAAUAACAAGUACCAGAGAGAUAUUAAAGAGGCUAUGUGUCAGAAAGAAGACAUGGAGGAACGGAUCGUGACUCUUGAGAAGCGCUAUCUCAGUGCCCAGAGAGAGUCCACGUCACUACAUGACAUCACAGACAAGCUGGAAAACGAACUGGCCAAUAAGGAGGCUUUCCUCAGACAGAUGGAGGAGAAGAACAGGCAGUUACAGGAGCGGCUGGAGUUGGCGGAACAGAAGCUACAGCAGACCAUGAGGAAAGCUGAGACUCUGCCUGAAGUCGAGGCUGAGCUAGCACAGAGGAUAGCAGCUCUCACCAAGUCUGAUAUGGAAGCUAAACUCCAGGAUAUUAACUGCAGUCUUAGGAAGGCAGAGGAGAGACACGGAAGUAUCGAGGAGCGAAUGAGACAUUUAGAGGGACAGCUGGAGGAGAAGAACCAGGAACUGCUCAGGGCUCGACAGAGAGAGAAGAUGAACGAGGAACACAACAAGCGUUUGUCAGACACUGUGGACAGACUCUUGACAGAGUCGAAUGAACGUUUACAGCUUCACCUGAAAGAAAGAAUGUCUGCUCUUGAGGAGAAGAAUGUGUUAAUACAAGACUCGGAGAACUACAGGAAGCAGUUAGAAGACUCAAUUCAAGAAAAGUCUAAUUUCUCGGAGGAGAUCGAGAAACUGAGAUCUGAAAUGGAUCAGUACCGGUUGAGGGCCGGAUCCCUUACAGAGCCCACGCUGUCACGGUCUCAUCUGGAUGCAUCCGGAGAUCUGCGUUUCUCUCUAGGUUCUCUUGCCGAGACGCAAUCAGACCAUUAUCGCUCCACCAAGGUGAUCUGCAGGCCCAGGAGAGGACGCAUGGUGCUAUGUAGGGAUGAACAGAAGGCUAAGUCUCUGGGAGAGCAUGAAUGGCGCUCUCAGCAACUGGCCGUUCUCGGUGGCCACCCAUUUGAGAGCGACACAGAGAUGUCGGAUAUCGAUGACGAUGACAGAGAGACCCUUUUCAGUUCGAUGGAUCUACUGUCUCCAGGAGGACAUUCAGAUGCUCAGACUCUAGCAAUGAUGCUGCAAGAACAACUGGAUGCCAUCAAUAAAGAAAUCCGGCUCAUCCAAGAAGAGAAGGAGUCAACAGAACUGAGGGCAGAGGAAAUCGAGAACCGCGUGGCCAGCGUGAGCCUGGAGGGGCUGAACCUGGCACGGGUUCACCAUCCUGGAGCCUCCAUCACUGCCUCGGCCACCGCUUCCUCCCUCACUUCGUCCUCCCCUCCCAGCGGACACUCCACCCCCAAACUCACCCCGCGCAGCCCUGCCCGCGACAUGGAGCGCAUGGGGGUCAUGACACUGCCCAGUGACUUGCGGAAACACAGGAGAAAGAUCGCAGCGGUGGACGAGGACGGUCGAGAGGACAAGGCCACCAUCACAUGCGAGACCUCGCCACCUCCCACACCUCGCCAAGUCCGCAUGACCCACACGCUACCUGCUUCUUCGCACAAUGACGCACGCCUGACGACUACAUUAGAGACAGAGGCCAGUGCUCUGAGCAGUGUAGCCAGCAGUCAGGACUCCCUCCACAAACAGCCAAAGAAGAAGGGCAUCAAGUCCUCCAUUGGACGACUGUUUGGGAAGAAAGAGAAGGCCAGACUGGGGCAGCUGGGGAAAGAGAUUAUGGGACCAGGACUUGGGAAUGUAUCCGAUCCUGAGCUUCUGGGUCAGGAUAUCGCGGUGGGCAAACUGGGAACACAGGCGGAGAAAGAUCGCAGGCUUAAAAAGAAGUAA